AUGGCAGACCAAGACGCACUCCCGGCACCACCGCCGGUUGCACAGGGCCAGCCGGAACUCAGCUCAUCCCACGUCAGCGAGCACACACAGAGCGCCGACGAGGUCACAGGCGACAGCGCACCCGAAGAUGCACAGACGGAGCUCCAAUCCAACCCAUCGCACGGCCAGGAUGACACCCGCGACGCAGCCACGCACCGCGUAGAGGAGGAACACGAGGAACCGCCUGCCGCGGCCCCUUCGGCCCUCUCGAUGCCCGAAAAGGUCCAGGACGCUCUCCGCCUAGUCCACCAGGCAAAGCUCGACGAUGCUGAAAAGGCCACCACGACAGCGACAACGACGACGACAGACUCGACGCCAUCUGCUCGUUUGCCCGACGACUCCCAGGCAGACCACGACGCCCACGAGUCCGACUCGCAGCGUGCCAGCCAUACCGACAGCAAGCCGACGCUGCCCAGCUUAGCAACAGAGACCAUCUCUGCUCCCGCAGAUGCCACUCCCGCAAAGGACCAGCCGCUUUCUGCGCCAUCCCGUCCAGCGGUGCCCGUAUCGCCUUCCAUCUCCAUCGCUGCGACCGACCCCAUCAUCCUGGGUCUUGCCGUCGUCGACUUUAACCACCUCGUGGGCCCACAGGUAGAGUAUGCCCACCCAAAGGAGCUGCUCGAGGACGAGGAUCUGGUCAAGAGCCUCCCCUUCCUGGCUCUGCCGGAUGGCAGCCAUCUCUCCGACGAGGACUUUUGCUACUUCCACCUCAACUGCCCCAAGCUCUCCGACUCGACCAUCUUUGGCAUCUCGUGCAACCGUCAGAUUGCCUCCGACGCGCUGCUCAAAAAGGGCGCAGAGGUGACGAGGAGCACGGUGCAGAAGGCCGUCGUCGUGCUCGCAAAGGAGCCCGUCUUUGGCCCCAUUCGAGAGAAGCUCGGCAUCGUCACCAGAGCCUUCUUCGCUCAAGGCGAUCUUGGCGACGUCGACAUCCUGGUCGAGUUUCACGCGACAUUAGAGGUCGGGCUCCAGUGCGGCGGCCUGGCUGAAGACAGAGAGACGGUCAUGUACAUGGGGACGUCGAUACGAGAGCUGGUGCACAAGUGGCACUUCAAGACGCUGAUGCUGGUCAAGCUGCUGCUUCUACAGAGGCGGAUCAUGUUUUUCGGAUACCCCGUCGAGAGGCUCUGCACCUACCAGUACUCCCUGGUCUCCCUGAUACCUAGCCUCCUGCUCAACCUUCAGGACGCCUCGGAUCCGCAGGCCAAGAGCCAGGAGUCGAGAGCCGAACAGGCCGAGAGCCUGCGCACCUCGGACCGCAAGAGCCUGAUGAAGUACCUCGGCAUGCCCCUCAACAUCUUUGGCGAGAGUUCCUUUUUCCAGCCAUACUGCCCGCUCCAGCAGAUUGACCUGCUGCAAUCGAGGAGCUGGCUGGUGGGAACCAGCAACAGCAUCUUCAAGCAGCAGAAGGAUUGCAAGAUUGACGUCGUCGUCGACCUCGAGACGUCAACGCUAGAGUUCCAGGACCUCAGGCUACAGCAGAUCGUCGGCCUAACGCCGGCGGACCGCAAGUGGAUGGACGAGAUCGUGCACACGGUCAAUGAAACGUGGAACCCUGCCGACCCGACGCGGCCUACUUCGAUGGGCUACCACGGCAGCGACGACUACCUGAGAGCCAAGUUCGAGGACUACAUCUGCGCGAUGCUCUCGUCUACGCGAUAUGCAGACUUCCUCGCCAAGAGCGAUCCGGAUCAGGUCUCGAUCACGGCGCCAGACGCAUCGUCGUCGCACCACUUUGGCACCGAAUACCUGGCGGCACUGCGUGGCACCAACGCGUUUGCCAUCUGGCAAAGGACGACGGACCCGAUGCUCUUUGACAUUGUCGACCACAAGCACCCUUGCGAAGGCAAGACGUCGGCCAUCGAGGACGUCGGGCUGCGCCUCUCUGCGGGCCUGCACGACCUGCGCCUCGAGGAGAACCUGGGACCGACGCGCGAGGCCAUCGGCAGCGCGAUCCAAGCCGGCGGUGCCAACAUCUACCGGCUGGCGAGCAACUUCCGCACCGACUUUGCCAAGUUCCGAGCCGCGCAGCUCGCCGGCGGCGUCAACCCGAUGGGCAUGCUCGGCGGCCUGGGCGGGGGCGCGGCGGGUGGCGAGGACAAGGAUCGAUCUCAGCUGCAGGCUGCUACUGGGAGCGGCGGCGCAGCGUCUUUGACGCCGUCGUCGGCCUCUUCUUCAUCCUCUGCCGCGACUGGUUCGGCUGCCGGUGCUGGGCAGGGCAAGGGGACGAUUACGGGCGAAGCGAUUGAUGCGAGCGGACGACGGACCAACCGCUCCUCGCUGCGUCCCCUGUCGCUGGUGGGCGGGACAAGUCUAUCGACGACGGGCGGGGCCGUCCCGACCAACACCAUCCACACCUCCAACGCCAACGCCAACGCCUCGACGGCGGCGGGGGCCGGAACAACGACGGCAUCGACCUUGACGGGCUUUCAUGCCAACGAGGCCAUGAAUGCCGCGAGCCAGGCGGCGGCGCAGGCGGGCACCCAGGUGCGCGCGGCGUUUGGCUCGUUUGGAUCCUUCCUCUCGUCUCGCCAGAAGGCAUGGAGCGCCUCCCGCACGCCGUCGUCGUCAUCCUCCGUCACUCCUGCUCCCGCUCCCGCUCCUUCCUCGUCGUCGACGCAGCAGCAGCAGCAGCAGCAGCAGCAGCAGCAGGGUGGUGGUACCGCCACGGAACCUUCGUCGACCGACCUGGCCUCGGAUACGACACCCAGCGCUCCGUAA